ACUACAAAUCGUAAAGACAUAACACAUAUUAAUAGUUAUCAAGACAAGUUAACAGUAGGAUUAAACGUGAACUAGAUAGAUUGAAAAAAAUAUCUUUACUUAUCUGUUUAAUAUAAGUGACUUAAUAAAAAUAAUAUCGUUAGGUAAUACAAUUAUACGACGAGAUAUGUAUUAAACAGUGUAAACAGAAAUAGUAAGAAAGAUCGGUGAUAAUAUUGGAAGAUUAUUUAAAAGUAUUGUACAAAAAUGGGAGUAGUUGCAUCAUGUAAACCGUCUAAUAAAGCUGUUAAAGACAAUGAAACGAGGCCUAUUGAUGACCAGCAACCAAGACCAUGUAUAUCUGGUAUGAAACAUGGUAUUCCUACAGGCGCGGGAACAUCAAAUAUUAAACAGCAUGUUCAUUUUCGUGAAGACGACGAUAACAACGAAUAUGACCGAUUGUGGCCUCAUCAACAGAGACAAGGAUUUCUACCACCUAUUGACGAUGAGCAAUCACACAAUCAACAGACCAGCAAACGUAACCCAAAGAAACGUAAACCAAAUGAACAGAAACUCCGUAUAAAAGAACUAGAAGAAGAGAUCAGUUCACUACGGUCUGAAAUCACAGGACUGAAAAUGCAACACUUUGAUGAAAUGCAAACUCUUAAACAAGAGGCAGAUGACUUAAAACUGAGAUUGAGCAAGGUGGCGUCUGACAGACUGACAGACAAUAACCCAAAUAUAACAGACCUUAGUGAUGAAAAUAGAGCUAUCAAAGUAGGAGAAAAGUUGUCCGAGCUGUACAGCAAUGAGUGGAGUGAUGCUUACGAGGAACUAACUGAAGGUGGUCGUAGAAGUGAUAUAGAAGCUAUAAACGUUCUACUUGAGAUACUGAAGAUCAUAUUUGGAGAAUGCAAAAGAAAAGCUGAAGAAGAAAUACGUGAUAUUGGAACGAAAAUAUUAGCAUGUACUGGACAUUCGGAGUUGAACAAAGAGUUAACUGCGGCAAUGAAGCUAUUGAGAACAGAACGUAAAAGAAAUUUCAAAGCAACAAUGCCUUAUCUUUUGACGACUUUGGAAAUAUUUGUACCUAAAGAGGAGGAAACAGUCAAAUUGCGAAAUUAUGUUCGAAUCACAACAGAAACAUGCUGGUUAAUGUGUAUACACGAACCACCUUUAACAUUUAAAUAUUGUGAAGACAAUAAUAAAUUCGAUGAGAACUAUUUUAGCCCAUACACAAGAACAGGUGACACUGUAGAGUUCCUUGUUUGGCCCGCUUUACUUCUCCACGAUGGUGGACCGCUUUUGAACAAAGGUGUAGCACAAGCAAAUGACUCAAAACAAAAAGAACAGAAAGUACAGACAAAACAUACAAAUGAUAAUGAUAAUACUGACUACAUUGUUAAUGAUUCUAAUUCCUCCAACGAAACUGAAUUGUCUAGAAGAGAAGAAGCUGAUGUAACGAGAAUUAACGAAGAUUUUGUGUCAAAAAUAGACACAAUUAAACCAGUACCAAAGGCAAGACGAACAAAGGAACAUUCUUCUAAAACACACAAUGAAAAUACAAGAGAAGAAUCUUCUUGAAUUACAUAUCUUCACAAAGCUUUUUCUUAAACAGGAAUUGACUUACAUUGAAACUAUUUAUGGAUUAAAAUAAUAAAAAAAAAUCUGUUACAAUGACGGCAUGCAGAACGAAAUAUUAAAAACACAAAUGUACAUAUUUUAACAACCGCCAGUAUUUUAUAUUGUAUGUGAUAUGUGAUGGUUGGUGAACUUGAUGUACAGAAAGGAAGUUAACAUUAACGCCUAUUUAUUUAUUUAUUUAUUUAUUUAUUUAUUUAUUUAUUUAUUCAUUUAUUUAUUUAAAUAUACUCACACCUUAUAUUCGCCUGUGUUAUUUGAAUGUUUCUGAUUCAUUUAUAAAUACCGUGGAUUCCUUAUGUUCACCUGCGUCAUUUGAAUGCUACUGAUCAUUUUAUAAUUUUAAUGGCUACCUUAUGUUACCUUGCUUAAUUUGAAUGGUACUGAUUUGAAGCCGGUACUAGCGGGGCAUAGACAGUAGUUUGAACUUUCCAGUACUGUCAAUGAACAGGCUGAAUCAAAUCGAGCCUGCAACAUUUUCAUUAAUUUUGCCAUGCUAGGCUUUCUUUUGGGAUUCUUUUUUUAUUAUUAUAAUACAUAAUGUCUACCUUAUGAUCGCUGGUACUGAUUCUUUAAUACAUACAUUUGCUUAAAAUAAAACGUUACUGAACAACUUUUACUGCUCUACACGUGUAAAAGUAUUCUACUGCAUGUAAAACAGUAUAAAGGUGUUUCAUAUUCAUGUAUAUACAAAUGCAGUAAGCAAGUGUAUUGCUUGAUAUCAAUAAAUUAAA